CACUUGCCAUUGACCUGCCCUCCAGUAUGACUUAUCAGCUGUUUGGUGUAUGUCACUAAAAGAAAAGAAAAAAAAAUUGUGGAAUGUGCUGCUCUGCAUGCUAAUGAAAUGGCAGAGCCAACUCAGGGGUUUUGAGAACAUUUGCAAAUGAGGAGAAGAAUGAUCUUCAGUUUCUGACCUCCUGGUACGGCAGCGGCAUUUAGCAGGAGGCACAUGUGACUGGGUAAGACACAGAGCCCCAGCUUGAAGGAAACAGCUGCUUGCAGUACUUGGCAACUGGACAGGCAAGGCACUGAUGUGAGGAAUACCAGGCAGCGCCCAGCGCAGUUCUCCAAAGUACUUAACUCAAGUUGGACAAACCGGUUCUAUAGACUACUUCCCCAAUGCAUUUCCCAAUGAUAAUAACUGCCCUUACAUUUCUUUCAGACCUGGAAAUCUGCUUGAAAGCAAUAGUUUUCUUGAAGUACAAUUAAGAACAGAGAGUACUUAACAUCACCAGCUUGCAUAAUUAUAGAGAUGGUCUAUCUGAUGCUGAAAAUGUCCCUAGUUUUUUGACAACGGCUAAACAACCAUGGGGUCAAGCGGACUUGGGAAAGCAGCAACAUUAGAUGAACUGCUGAGCACUUGCAUUGAGAUGUUUGAUGACAAUGGAGAGCUGAAUAAUAGUUAUUUGCCAAGAAUAGUUCUACUGAUGCACCGAUGGUAUUUAUCAUCCACUGAAUUGGCAGAAAAACUUCUUUGCAUGUAUCAAAAUGCCAGUGGAGAAAGCUGCAAUGAAUUUCGAUUAAAGAUCUGCUACUUCAUGAGGUACUGGAUUCUGAAGUUUCCUGCAGAGUUUAAUUUGGAUCUUGGUUUGAUUCGUAUAACUGAGGAAUUCCGGGAAGUAGCUAGUCAAUUAGGAUAUGAAAAACACAUCAGCCUCAUCGACAUAUCCAGCAUUCCUUCCUAUGACUGGAUGAGAAGAGUCACACAGAGGAAAAAAGUAUCCAAGAAGGGAAAAGCCUGUCUGCUGUUUGACCAUCUGGAGCCCAUUGAAUUGGCUGAGCACCUCACUUUUCUGGAGCAUAAAUCUUUUAGAAGGAUCUCAUUCACCGAUUACCAAAGUUAUGUCAUCCAUGGCUGCCUAGAGAAUAACCCAACCUUGGAGAGAUCUAUUGCUUUAUUUAAUGGAAUCUCUAAGUGGGUCCAGUUGAUGGUUCUUAGCAAACCAACACCCCAGCAGAGGGCAGAGGUCAUCACAAAGUUUAUCAAUGUUGCAAAGAAGCUCCUUCAGCUCAAAAAUUUUAACACCUUGAUGGCGGUGGUGGGCGGCCUAAGUCAUAGCUCCAUUUCACGCCUCAAAGAGACCCAUUCUCAUCUUUCUUCAGAAGUUACAAAGAACUGGAAUGAAAUGACAGAGCUGGUCUCCUCCAAUGGCAAUUACUGCAACUAUCGCAAGGCCUUUGCAGACUGUGAUGGCUUCAAAAUUCCCAUCCUUGGAGUACACUUGAAAGACUUGAUAGCAGUCCAUGUCAUUUUCCCAGACUGGAUGGAGGAGAACAAAGUGAACAUUGUGAAAAUGCACCAGCUCUCUGUUACCUUGAGUGAACUGGUCUCCCUGCAGAAUGCUUCUCACCACUUAGAGCCCAACAUGGAUCUGAUCAACCUGCUCACGCUUUCUUUGGACCUCUAUCACACAGAAGAUGAUAUUUACAAACUGUCACUGGUGCUGGAGCCCAGGAACUCUAAAUCGCCUUCUGUGUUUAGAAACUAUGAUCAUGACCAUGAUGGGUACAUCUCCCAAGAGGACUUUGAAAGUAUAGCUGCCAACUUUCCCUUCUUGGAUUCCUUCUGUGUGCUGGACAAAGACCAGGAUGGCCUAAUUAGUAAAGAUGAGAUGAUGGCUUACUUCCUCAGAGCAAAGUCCCAACUCCACUGUAAAAUGGGACCUGGAUUUAUCCAUAAUUUUCAGGAGAUGACCUAUCUCAAACCAACCUUCUGCGAACACUGUGCAGGAUUUCUCUGGGGCAUAAUCAAGCAAGGAUACAAAUGCAAAGACUGUGGAGCCAAUUGUCACAAACAGUGCAAAGACCUCCUGGUUCUGGCUUGCAGAAGGUUUGCCCGUGUGCCCUCCCUGGGCAGUGGUCAGGGGUCACUGCCUGGAAGCCCCUCGCUGCCCCCAGUGCAGGAUGAGGUGUUUGAGUUCCCUGGGGUUGCUGCUGGACAUCAGGACCUGGACAGCAGAGCCAUCACACUAGUUACAGGCUCUUCUCGAAAGAUCUCCGUGCGGCUACAGCGGGCCACUACCAGCCAGGCCACCCAGACUGAGCCUGUAUGGUCAGAGGCUGGCUGGGGAGACUCAGGGUCUCAUACCUUCCCCAAAAUGAAAUCCAAGUUCCAUGACAAAGCAGCAAAAGACAAAGGCUUUGCCAAGUGGGAAAAUGAGAAGCCCCGGGUGCAGGCUGGCGUGGAUGUUGUAGACCGGGGUACUGAGUUUGAAUUUGACCAGGAUGGAGCAGACAUGAGUGAGGCCAGAGAGGACGGUGAGGUGAGUGCUGUGUCAAACCACCAUAAAAUCAGAAGAGGUAUGCUGAAGGUGCUGAGAUGAGAGUUACAGUGGGUUCGUGGGAGGCAGAAUGGUAAUUUUGAAAGCAGAAUAGUUGCAAAUCAAGACAUAUCACUUUAAGUCCUGCCCUUGGCUAGUUAUGUGAUUUGACCCUAAGCAAAUGAUUUCUUCUCUUUGGACCUCAAUUUCAUCAUGUAUAAAAUUGAAUUGGAUGAUUUCUAAAACUUAGUGCAUGUUGUGAUGUCUAUGCACAUGUCUAUGAACAUGCAGGUUGUGAUGUCUAUGAAAUGAUGCCUCAGAGACCAAUGACUGUUGCAUUUUGCCAACAUACCAGUAUGCUGUACAGAUCAUUUUAGUUUUCCAUGCUAGAAUUAGGGCCCAAACUCAGGUGAAUCGGGGAAAGCAAAAGAUAUGUACAGAUACAGGAGAACUGGAAACUUUUGGCUCCUUUUCAAAAAAGAGGCCUUGACAGCAUCAAGAGGGAAAUGGGUGGUAAAAAUCAGAAUAGAGUCACAGGAGACCUCAAGGUUCUAUAAGCCAGACUCUGCCUCCAUACAAGAAUUGCACUCAAAUCAUCCAAGGUAAACUGGGAAGGCAUAUGGAACUUGUUGGAACAAGCUGAAAAUAUAAAUUAAGGGAAGAUGGAGCUGGAUAAAUUUAUUAGUCAAUAUUCCAUGGUGUAUAGAAUCCAUCAGUAUUGCAACUUGAGGCUUGAAUUUUUCCUUCAGUUCUGUCAGUCUGAGAAAUGCUAAGCAUGUUCUUCCCUUUGGUUUUCU